CGUAAAUGAAUAAAAUAAUGUAACUUUUAGUUAACUAAAAAGAGUGACGAAAGCUGAAACUAAAACCAAGAAAAUAUCAUCGAUAAUCUCAUUUAUAUGUCAUACACACUGAUCACAAUGUUCAAUGAAAGAAUUAUGGUUUAUUAUUCGAGACACUCUGGACCAACGAUCGCCUCAAAAAAUUAAUUAUUAUGCUUUAGUUCCAAAGAAGAUAGGCGAUCCACAGAAUAAAGUUCCUGUAUUUGAGAACUUAAGUCAAUGUCUGGAUAGAUUUAACACAUCUAUUGCGACUAAAAUUCCAGGAAGAAUUCUUUCUGUUGAAACUCAAAUAAGGAAAAUAUCAAGGAAAAACCAUAACCCAGAACGUUUAAUAUUGAAAGGUACUCCCUUCUCCAAGCGUACAGCAGCGUUUGUAUUUUUCAUUCGAAUAUUUUAUGAAUACAGCGAAACAAAAGGAGAAGAAGAAAUUGGUAUUGCUGAUUUUGUUCCUAAGAAGAUAGAAACAAAAGGGACACAAGGAUCAACAGCAUAUGAACCUUUUCAUCAGUUAGUACAUAAAGCAUCUCAGUGGUAUGCAGAACAAAGAUAUAUUCGAUUUUGCAAUGCCCAAACUUUGCAUUUAAAGUUGAAGAACGGUCGUAUUGAUACACAGACUUUCUGUCACAGGGUAAAUAAAUAUAAAAAGAACGAUUAUAUAAAAAUAUUACGAGUGGUUUUCAUAAAACUUCCUGAAGUAGCUAACGUUUCAUCUCCUCUUCGUUUAACAUGCAAAACCAUUUAUCCUUAUCGAUUACGUAAAGGAGCAUUUGUUUAUAAGUACGAAAAAUUAACAGCAGUAAAAGAAAGAUUACAGAAAUGGUUGCAAUUAACAGGUGCUCGAGUAUUCAAUAUAGAAACAUCUGCAAUCAGAAUUAAACUUGGAGAAUGUAGAAACGAGAUCAACACAAAUAUUACAUUUCAUCGUACUUGCUUCAAAGCAGGAUGGAUAUAUGUUUUCAGGCUAUAUUUAGAAGGCAAUUAUGAGGAACCUUCGGAGGAUUUAAUGCCACCGAUUCCAGUCGUUCAUAAUUGUUGCACUAUUUCAUGAAUUACAUUAAAAAUUAAAUUAGAAGAAAUUUUUGGUUAAAAGUAAUAAAUAU